GUAUUAAUGACUAUUCUGUAAAAUUAGCGUCCCAAAUCAAAAAAGUUUAAGAACAAUUUUUCUCUCCCCUUGAGCAACUAUAUAUAACUCUCUCUGCGAGGAAUUUCAUGAUUUAAGCUGUAGCCAAAAGGACAAAUAUAUAUAUAUAUAUAUAUAUAUAUAGUAAAAAUGGCUAAUUUUUCUCUGUUUCUAGUAGUGUUCUUGUGUGUUGGUCUAAGCUUGCAUGCAAAUGCAAAGCCUAGUGUAAAGAUAACAAAAGAAGUUGUCAACCAAAUCUGCUCCAAAUCCAUAAACCCUUCAUUCUGUUUUAAUGUCCUAAAUUCAGACUCCAGAACUGCCACUUCUGAUCUCAAAGGGCUUGGUCUGAUCACCAUCAACGAUGCACAGACCAACUUAACAGCCAAUCAGAAUCUGAUUAAGUCUCUUAGCAGCCAAGCAACAGAUCCAACGCUGAAGAAACGCUACGAUGAAUGUUCAGACCAUUAUGAUGAAGGUUUGAGUGAUAUCCAGGACGCUCUUCAGAGCUUCAAAGGUGGAGAUUACCAGGCUGCCAAUAUUCAAACUUCUGCUGUGUUUACUGAUGUUGAUGACUGUGAACAAGCCUGGGCAGAUCCACCUGCAGACCCUUCUCAACUCCCCAGUAAAAACAAGGAUUUGAAAAAUCUCCUUGACAUCACUUUGGUCAUCACUAAUCUUUUGUAAGGGAGUAAUACAAAAUGGUUUCCCCUUCAAAACAAAGAUUAUAUGCCAUGCUACUCAACACAAGGUUACCGCUUUUGAGAUCAAUAAGAUUGAAAUAAUAGUUUAGUUGUUUUAUUUUGAAAA